UGACUGGCCUGUUGCUACACAGGCUGCUUGCUGCUUUCGCCCGCCCACUACCUUUACAGUGCCACCUUUUAUCUUUCUGAAGAGCACCUCGAACGGCCACAGCCACACUUUUGCGAACAGAGCGGGGAUUCGCAGCACAGCCAUGUCCGAGGAAGUUGAAGAAACGAGGACUUCGGAGGAACAGCAGGAAAUGGAGGACAAGGUAAUCAGCCCAGAAAAAGCAGAAGAGAUCAAACUGAAGGCCAGGUAUCCCAGUCUUGGAGCCAAGCCAGGGGGCUCUGAUUUUCUCAGGAAGAGACUCCAGAAGGGGCAAAAGUAUUUUGAUUCUGGUGACUACAACAUGGCCAAGGCAAAAAUGAAGAAUAAACAGUUGCCAUCUGCCCCAGCGGAGAAGACCGAGAUCACAGGGGGACACAUCCCAACACCUCAGGACCUGCCUCAAAGAAAGACUUCCAUUGUGGCCAGCAAACUGGCUGGUUGAUGAUUUUGUUUACUGUUUUGCUACCAUUCCCACGUCCAUUUAACAUCUACUUCACAUCCUGCUGUUUACAGUUUGUUUAUUUUUCUCCUUUUGUAUGUAUUCUCUGAGAACAAGUCACGUACCAAGCUAAAUACUUGAACAAUUGGCAACUGUGAGUCACAUUAGUAACAUUGGUUUGCAAUGACUUGCUGCUGGUCUCCAUCUCAUCCUGACCUCUAAAAUGGCCUUAAAAUUAAUGAACUGUUGUUCCUCUUGAGCAAUAUUUGCUCCCUCUGUGAGAAUAUUAGUUGUGAAUCUUGCCUGAAAUGUCUUUCACUGACUGGAAAUUGAGGUUUCUUUCCAUAAAAAUCCUCUUGUCAUGUCUGCAGUGUGCAUGUGCAGUUGCACUGUGCCACUUGUUUUGUAAAUAAAAUAGUUUUGCAUAAUA